AUGAAAGCUCCCAUCCUUAUGCCACACCUGGAAGAAAAUGAAGUGCAACGACUACCCCUAAACAUCUCAGCCAUAAUAGCUGGCCACAAGGUAUCUCGAAUACAUGUGGAUGGAGGGUCCGGUGUCGAAGUAAUAUACGAACAUUGUUUCCAUAGAUUCGACAGAGAUGUAAGGGAUCGGCUUGAAGAAGACUCCAUCCCCUUAGUGGGAUUCAACAACAGUGUAUCACACCCCCUGGGAAAAAUCAGGCUCCCAUUCACAGUUGGGGUAGGGGAUCGGGUCCGAACGAUAAACUUGACCUUCACAGUGGUCCGGGCACCCUCGAAGUACAACGCGAUCUUAGGAAGACCUGGAAUUGGGGACUUACAAGCACAGGCAUCCACCCCCCACGGAGCUUUAGUGUUUCAAACACCGAAUGGUUUAGCCUGGGUAAAAUCCGCUUAUGAGGUAAUUUCUUCCGUAUCCAAAGAAGAAGCACCUGAGAAGCCACGGAAAGAGGGAGUAGAAGAAUGGGUCCUUUGCGACAGCUUCCCAGAACAAACGAUCAAAGUGGGAAGUCACCUAAGUGACAAAUGUAAGAGUGCCCUGAAAGGGCUGCUUCUCCACAACAUAGGCGUGUUUGCAUUUCAACAUGGAGACAUGACAGGAAUCCCCUGGAGCUUAACUGAACACCGGCUCAACACUUACACAUGGGCGAAGCCGGUAAGACAGAAAAAGCGAAGCAUGGGACCCAACAAAAGAAGGGCUGCUUGUGAAGAAACCAGAAAAUUGCUCAGGGCAGGAAUAGUCAGAGAAGUGAAGUAUCCGUCCUGGAUCGCCAAUCCGGUCAUGGUUCAAAAGAAAGACGGGGGAUGGAGGAUGUGCAUCGACUUCCAAGAUCUGAACAAGGCGUGCCCUAAGGACUGUUAUCCCCUCCCAGAAAUAGACGUCCAGGUUGACUCUUUGUCUCAGUACCCCCUAAAGUGCUUCCUGGAUGCCUACAAGGGAUACCAUCAAAUCCAGAUGUCAAUAGAGGACGAAGAAAAAACUGCCUUCAUCACAGACGAAGGGACAUUCUGCUAUACCAAGAUGCCCUUUGGUCUCAAAAAUGCUGGGGCCACAUAUCAGAGAUUCAUGAACGCUCUGUUCAGGGAACAACGGGGAAGGAACCUAGAAGUAUACGUCGAUGACAUUGUUACCAAAAGCUUGACGGAGAUGGCCAUGAUAGAUGAUAUAGCUGAAACUCUCAGCACUACGCAAGAUGUGAACAUGAAGUUAAACCCUGGGAAGUGCUGUUUUGGAGUAAAGGAGGGGAGUUUCCUGGGAGUAGUAGUCACUAAUGGAGGAAUCAAAGCAAACCUGGAGAAAACCCAAGUUGUGGCUGAGAUGCGAUCUCCCAGGUCCUUGACGGACAUUCAACAACUAAACGGGAGGUUAAUAGCAUUAAACCGUUUCUUAUCAAAGGUAGCCGACAGGAGCCUCCCUUUCAUGAAAGUGUUAAAGGACUGCCUCCAAACGAACAAGUUCAAAUGGACCCCAGAAGCUGAGGCUGCCUUCCAAGAAAUGAAAACUUACAUCUGCAAGCUCCCAACGUUGGCCACCCCAGUGCCCGGGGAACUCAUACUCCUAUACUUGUCAGCCUCGAAAACGACUAUAAGUGCAGUAAUGAUGGUAGAACGUGAAGGGAAGCAAAUCCCCAUUUAUUUCAUUAGCAGAACACUUAAAGGUCCCGAGGAACGUUACAUGCCCCUGGAGAAGCUGGCAUUAGCCCUUGUUUUCGCGUCCCGAAGACUCAGGAGGUACUUCCAAGGACACAAGAUUGUCCUGAUGACUGAUCAACCUCUCCAAAAGGUACUCAGGAGACCGGAGCUGUCAGGGCGGUUGGCUAAAUGGGCUGUGGAGCUAGGAGAACACUCUUUGGAAUUCAAGCCUCGGACAGCCAUGAAGGGGCAGAUACUUGCCGACUUUUUAGCAGAAGUCCCUGAGGAUGAAGAGAGGGAAUUCUUAAAAUGGGAAGCUUUGGAGAAAGAAGAAAAAGAAAAGGAAGACGAAUCUGUGUGGAAGUUACUCACCGACGGGGCCUCUAGUGAAGAAGGGAGCGGGGCAGGCAUCACACUGAUAAGCCCUGAGGGGAUUGAGCUGACAUACGCCAUAAGACUGGACUUCGAAAACACCAACAACACUGCAGAGUAUGAGGCCCUCUUGGCAGGGAUGAGGCUGGCACAAAAAAUGAAAGCGAGGCAUGUGGAAGCCAGCACUGAUUCACAACUGGUAGUAAAACAGUACCAAGGAGAAUAUGAAGCCAAAGACAACAUCAUGGCUCAGUACGUAGUGAAAGUAAAGGAAACAGCCAAGACAUUCAAGACUUUCAAAUUAGAAUACAUCCCCCAAGGAAGGAACAGAAAAUCUGAUGCCCUCAGUAAGUUGGCCUCGGUGGCAUUCGACCACCUGGCAAGAGAAGUCAAAGUAGAAGUCCUGACCGCCACCUCCCUCAACGUGAAGGAGGUAACCGCAAUCGAGAACGUGCAGGAAACAUGGAUGACACCGAUCCUGAAGUUCCUCAGGGACGGGACGUUACCUGAGGGAGACUGGGCAGCCAGAAAGGUGAGGGUCAAGGCCCUGCAGUAUGAGCUGAUUGACGGAGAGUUGUAUCGAAGGUCAUAUCUGGGCCCAUCCCUGAAGUGUGUUGAUAUGGAAGAAGCUGAGUAUGUGAUAAAGGAGAUGCAUGAAGGGAUUUGUGGAAUGCAUUCGGGGCCAAGAACGAUAGUAACAAGGGCAAUGAAUACAGGAUUUUAUUGGCCACAAAUGUAUGAAACAGCAUCCGAGGAGAUCAAGAAGUGUGAUAACUACCAGAUAUGGGGUCCCGAAAGAGCUGGUGAGCGACAACGGCGUCAGUUUGCUGGAAGACCUUUCAAGCCAUGGUGCGAGCAGAUGCACAUCCAACAAAUGUUCACCUCCGUCACCCGCGCCCAAAGUAAUGGAUUGGUAGAAAGAGCUAACCAAAGCGUUAUCAAGGGAAUGAAGGGAAGACUAGGGAGAAAACAAAAAGGCUGGCUGGAGGAGCUACCAUUCGUAUUAUGGGCAUACAGGACCACUCCUAAAGGUUGCAAUGGGGAGACUCCUUUCAGUCUAACCUACGGAACAUAA